UUUCUCCCCAGGAAAGAUGUCUGACGGUUUUUCGCUGUCCGAUGCCCUGUCGGGGUCCGGCAACCGGAACCCAAAUGCACAGCCUAAUCCCUGGGGAAACCAGCCGGGUGCUUUCCCAGGAUAUCCCGGAGCACCGGGGGGUGCAUACCCGGGAGCACCAGCAUAUCCUGGAGCACCCAGCGCCUAUCCUGGGGGUCCGGCUGCACCCGGCGCCUAUCCCGGCGAACUGGAAUUAAAACCUAAUGUAAAUCCAUCUGCGCUUGUCUUGCAGAAAGUUCCCUUCGAGUUACCUCUUCAUUCAGGGGUUGUGCCUCGCUUGUUGAUCACCAUUGUCGGGAAAGUGAAUUCAAGACCCAACAGGUUUCAAGUGGACCUCAUGAAAGGCAAUGACAUCGCCUUGCACUUUAACCCGCGGUUCAGCGAGGACAAUCGGAAGGUUAUCGUUUGCAACACCAAGAUUCAGAAUACUUGGGGGAAGGAGGACCGAACUGCACCCCGCUUCCCCUUUGAGGCUGGCAAAGAUUUCAAGAUCCAGGUUCUGUGCGACGGGGAUCAUUUCAAGAUAGCGGUCAACAAUGACCACCUCCUGCAGUACAACUACCGCAUCAAGGAGCUGAACCAGAUCAACAAGCUUUCCAUUGCUGGCGAUGUCACCCUCGAGAGUGUCACACCUACUAUGAUCUAAAGCAAAGCUUUUGACCUCUUUGCACUUGAAAAUCCCGUCUGUU